AUGUAUGUUCCUGCUCAUAGAUUGUCUGGUAUGCUUGGUAUGAUAGCGAUGAAGCAUGUGCUUACUAUGAUAGUGAUGAACAAUGUACAUGUAUGCUUCUGCUUUCAUGGAUUGUUCGUAGUGCUCGUUGAGCCAAAUCUUGCUGUUGUUGCUGCUGCCGCUGCAAUCAAGCUAGCAACAACAAAGGCAAAGAAGGAUGGUAGGUCGAACAACAUGAAGUGGCAGCCGUUCAUGUCCACAUUCCUGCUGAACAAGAUGUGUGAGCUCAUCUCUAGUGGAGUUAGGACUGACAAGAGCUUCAAGGAGGUGCACUUGAACACCGUUGCGAAGCAGGUGUUCGAGUUCUGUGGGCAAGAGGUGUUUGCCACCCAGGUGUACAACCACCUGAGGAAGUGGAGAAGUCGGUGGAUCCAAGUGUCCAAGCUGAGAGACCUUAGCGGCGCCUCAUGGGAUGAGAACACUUGCUCCAUAGUUCUGGAGGCAGAGCACUACGCCGGCCAUGUCGCGGGUGGCUUCAGCUAUGAGGCUCUCAUGGCAGCUCUCAGCCACCUGCUUGACAACAAGGCCCAGGGUGUUAGGUUCGUUGCCAUGACCGACGCUCACAGGGGCAAGUCGUAUGUUGUGUUCAUCGGUAAGGUCCCAGGGGUUUAUAGUUCAUGGAAAGAAGCGAGUGCACAAGUGGCAUCGUAUAGCAAGUUAGCAACAACACCUAUAGAGGGUUCAAGACUAGGCAGGCAGCAGAAAAAGCACGGCAGCAGUGUUGACAGUCGCAAGGUUGGAGGUGUCAAGGUGGAUCGUCAGUUUGGGCUGAAGCUGAAGAACUGCAUCAUCUUCGCUCAGUUCAUCGCCAUUGCUGUGUUGUGGCGUUGGUGUGCUAGGUGUGGGUAA